UGCAGUUUAGCUUUUAACAUUCAUUUUAAAAUGAAAAAAAAUUUCAUUUUUACUGAAAACAAGUCGACCAAAGGACAGCAGCUCCUUCACACCUGAGCUUUCUCCACCAACUCUACGUUAGUGCUCGGCUCACUCUUCUGUCAGGAGUCCCAACCUGAAGAGACUGAAGUAAGGAUGGCAGUUUGGGACAAAAAGAUUCUCUGGGCCGUCAUGGUGGUCCUGACAGGAGCUCUGGGUCAAGAUGUGAACUAUCCAGAUCCUGUUUGUGGUAUAAAAGGAUCGACUGUCACCCUCCCCUGCUCCUUCACACCAGUGAAGUCUGUCUACAUCAUCAGAGUCGUCUGGUGCAAUAACCAUUUAUUCUGUAAGGGAUCGACUCCGUCGUCUGUGUAUGACAGCAGCUCAAACAACAACGACCCUCGUUACAGAUACCUGGGGGACAAGAAGGAAGACUGCACUUUACAGAUCUCAGAUCUACAGGAGGAAGACAACGCAACUUUUCGCUUCAGAAUGGAAGCUAAUGACAGCAGAGCACAUUUUGCUGGCCAAUCAGGAGUGAGAGUCAGAGUCGAAGAUGGUGCUCAGAUGGAGAUAAGAAGCUCCAGAGAUAACCGAGAGUUUAAAAGAGGAGAAGAAGUCACACUGAACUGUUCUACUGCAAGCUGCACUUUCCACCAACUGGAGGUCAGCUGGUUCAGAGAUGGCUCCGCCCUCUCAGAGACUGGCCCCGCUCUCCAUCUCAGCGAUCUGACUGCAAAGGAUUCUGGGAACUACACCUGUGGUUUGAAGAAGAACCUCACCCUCUCAGAGCCGUACAGCCUGCAUGUGGAGGCUGACGAGGAAGGAGGAGGGGGAAAUCUGCUUCUGAUCAUUGGUCUGGUGGUCGGGGUCCUGCUGGUUCUCUUCGCUGUUAUUCUGGUCGUCUGCAUUAUCAAAAGGUGUCGGCGGCGGCUGUCGAAGGAGGGAAAGCCUCCUCCUAGAGCCGGCCGAGCCAAACCAGCUCAGUGCAGAGCGCUGUACGCCUACGACGCCCAGGACACCAACGAACUCAGCUUCAAUGCCGACGAUAUCAUUCACAUUCUCACUGAAGUCUCUGAUCAUCUCUGA